AUGACUGAAGCGCAGGAAAUCAACUCUCUGGCUGUAUUCGAGUUUGGAAGUGAAUUUAAAGUGGACGUUAGAUUGGGGAAAUAUCCCAAACCAUUUUUACUAUUCCAGCAAAGAAUACUAAAUACAUCAGAACUUCGUUACUUCAACAAGUCUGUGCUACUGUCCAUCAAACAGUACGUUCUCUUCAGGGAUGCCAUACCAACACUUUCGCAAUUCGCUCGAUGUGUGAUGGCUGGGGGCGAGGAGAUGUUAAUCAAACUGGACAAGUUAUUGACUGUGUACGUUGGACGGGAUGGGUACGAAAACACAUACAUGAAAAUGAAGAGAACGAGAAAAAAUGCUACACAGUCCUCCUCUGGAAAGCAAAGCGACGAAUCGGAUGAAAUCAAAAUCGACUGGGAAGACUUCGAGCUGUUAAAGGAAAAAAUUGGAGAGAUAAAUGCCUGCAUUUUAACUGCAGUGAAAGAAAACAAAGAAAAUGUUACUUCAACCGAUGACAAAGGAACAGACAGCGGUAAUUCGGGAGCUAGUCAGAAAUAUACUCUGAACAAUAAGAGAAAGGGGGAUUCCUACGAUUCAGACCGGAUGGUGACUCCGAAGAGACAAAGCCACGAGGUACCCGAAUCCCAGCCAUUGUCGCCAGAACUUUUCGGAUCCCAAGAAAAUGCUUCACUCGGUUUUGAUGAUGUCACAAGCUUUGGAAACACAAAGCAGUUUUAUUAUUGACAUUCAGCCAACAACAUUUAUAUGUGAUACAUCAGAGAACAAUCACUAAUAUUGGGUUAAUAUAGGAUUUUGAGACCGUAUAAUACAGUUGCUAUGACAGCAAGAAAAUGUAUUUCAGAAUAAAAUGUAAAUGAAAAUGGAAUUAAUAAAAAGUGAUUAUAUCAGAAAAUAAAAAAA